CAUCGAAUGACUAUUCAUCUAUUGUAUUUUGGUGUAAAUAUGGGAAAAAAGCUCUAUGGAAAAAUGGUGGUUCAAUUCUAUGUUGUUUAAUAGAAAAUUAGAAUACAGGUGCGGGUUAAGUGAAUCGGCGGAUAGUUUUGGUCCUAUUGAAAAUACCAAUCUAAGUGAACACCGAAUUUUUACGGAUACGGAUAAAAGCGUUUAUAGUUGGAAUGAAAGUAACAACUAUAGUUACAGUAAUGUUGAUUAUUCAGUCGGCGUCCGGGACAUCCGGAAUUUCCUAUCUGAAAAACAUUUUUUGGUUAAGGAUACUAAGAGGAAUAGUUAUUCCAUAUAUUUUGAUAUUGAAAAUAAAAUUUUGGAAAUUGACAAUCAUCAUUCUUUUCUAAGUGAACCAGAAAGUUUGUUUUCUAGUUAUAGUUAUACGAAUUCUAGCUAUCUGAAUAAUAUCUCUAAGAAUGAUGAUGAUCAUUACAUGUAUGGGACUCAAUCUAGUUGGAAUAAUAACAUUAAUAGUUGCAUUGAUAGUUAUCUUCGUUCUCAAAUCUUUAUUGAUAGUAACAUUUUAGAUGAUAGUGUCAAAUAUAAUGACAGUUACUUUUUUAGUAACAUUUGUGGUAAGGGCAAAAAUGGUAGUGAAAGCGAGAGUUCUAGUAUAAAAAAUCGCACAAACGACACAAAUGAUAGUGAUUUCACUAGAAGAGAAAGUUCUAAUGAUCUCGAUGAAAAUCAAAAGUACAAGCAUUUGUGGAUAGAAUGUGAAAAUUGUUAUGGAUUAAAUUAUAAGAAAUUGUUUCAAUCCAAAAUGAAUAUUUGUGAGCACUGUGGAUAUCAUUUGAAAAUGAACAGUUUAGAUAGAAUUGAACUUUCGAUUGAUCAGGGUACUUGGAAUCCUAUGUAUGAAGACAUGGUCUCUCUGGAUCCCAUUGAAUUUCAUUCAGAAGAAGAACCUUAUAAAGAUCGUAUUGAUUCUUAUCAAAGAAAAACAGGAUUAGCUGAGGCUGUUCAAACAGGUACAGGUCAACUAAACGGUAUUCCUGUAGCAGUGGGGAUUAUGGAUUUUCAAUUUAUGGGAGGUAGUAUGGGAUCCGUAGUAGGUGAGAAAAUAACCCGUUUGAUCGAAUAUGCUACCAAUGAGCUUUUACCUCUUAUUCUAGUAUGUGCGUCCGGAGGAGCACGUAUGCAAGAAGGAAGUUUGAGCUUGAUGCAAAUGGCUAAAAUAUCUUCGGCUUUAUAUGAUUAUCAAACAAAUAAAAACUUAUUCUAUGUAUCGAUCCUGACAUCUCCUACUACAGGAGGGGUGACAGCUAGUUUUGGCAUGUUGGGGGAUAUCAUUAUUGCCGAACCAAACGCUUACAUUGCAUUUGCGGGUAAAAGAGUAAUUGAACAAACGUUAAAUAAGGCAGUACCCGAAGGUUCACAAGCAGCAGAAUUUUUAUUCCAAAAAGGCUUAUUUGAUUCAAUCGUACCGCGUAAUACUUUAAAGUGGGUUCUGAGUGAGUUAUUUCAGCUCCACGCUUUCUUUCCUUCGAUUCAAAAUGAAAAAUCAAGCAUAGACUAAAAUUAUUUUUUUUUUCAAAAAUAAAUUAUGAGACAAAAAGCAAAUUAGAACACACAGGAGAAUAGUAAGACGAUAAUACUCGAAGAGUACUAAGAAUAAAAAAAAGGGUGUAUUAUCAUACAUAUGCUUCUUGCAGAAAUAGAAAGCGAAAUCCAUCCAUUUAUUUCAUUCUACAUUCCUUAUAUUAUUGAUUAUUUGAUUCUAUUUAUACUCUUGAUUCUUUUCUUAAUCUUUUUUUUUAUUAUACUUAGUAUAAUUAUUCAAUUUUACUAAGUAUAAGUAUAUAUGAAUUCGAUUGAUUAUAGAUUAUAGACUAUCUUUAUAAAAAACAGGAAUAAUCCAAAAAUUAAUAGAAAAAAAACAGGUACAAAUAUUAAAUUGAGGUCCCCUUUCUAUGAUAAACCUACCCUCCAUUUUGGUGCCUUUAGUGGGCCUAGUAUUUCCGGCAAUUGCAAUGGCUUCCUUAUUUCUUCAUGUUCAAAAAAACAAGAUUUUUUAGAUACGGAUAGUGGAGACAAAUCUCGUAUUUUUUUUUUUUAGAUCUGGAAGCAGUUCUAUGAUUUCCUCCUAAAGGUUUACAUCAAAAUAAUGCUAGUUGAUGAAAGUUACUUCGGAUCGGAUAAGUAAAGUAAAAUUCAUUAUGCUUGGGUUUUUUAUUUCCCCUAUUCCAAUAAAGUAGAACUGGAUCAAGUAUGAGUUGGCGAUCAGAACGUAUAUGGAUAGAACUUAUAACGGGGUCUCGAAAAACAAGCAAUUUUUGCUGGGCCUUUAUCCUUUUUGUAGGUUCAUUGGGGUUCUUAUUGGUUGGAGCUUCCAGUUAUCUUGGUAAGAAUUUGUUAUUUUUAUUUCCGUCUCAGGAAAUUCUUUUUUUUCCACAAGGGAUCGUGAUGUCUUUCUAUGGAAUUGCGGGUCUCUUUAUUAGUUCUUAUUUGUGGUGUACAAUUUCGUGGAAUGUGGGUAGUGGUUAUGAUCGAUUCGAUAGAAAAGAGGGAAUAGUGUGUAUUUUUCGUUGGGGAUUUCCUGGAAAAAGUCGUCGUAUUUUUCUCCGAUUCCUUAUCAAAGAUAUUCAGUCCAUCAGACUCGAAGUUAAGGAGGGUAUUUCUACUCGCCGUGUCCUUUAUAUGGAAAUCAUAGGACAGGGAGCCAUUCCCUUGGCUCGUAUUGACGAGAAUUUGACUCCGCGGGAAGUGGAACAAAAAGCUGCAGAAUUAGCUUAUUUUUUGCGUGUACCUAUUGAAGUAUUUUGAAAAAAAAAAAGAAC